GGUUCGGGCGGAAGAAGCUCUCGAUGACGCGAGCUCUGCCGGAGGAGGACGGCCACUUGUGUUUGAAGGCCACUGAGUAGCCCUUCAGUGGAGCAUCGGCCCUUGCUGCUGCAGCCUGCGCAGGCAGAUGACAGAGCGGGUCAGAAGCGUCCAGCUGUGAAGCGUGGGCCGGCUUCGGGGUCCGUUCUGUUCAGGUCAGCUCUGGAAAGGAAUUACUUAAAAAAUCAAAGCGAUUUUGUUUAACUGCCAACUCUCGGUCCAAUUUAAAUAGCGAUUUGAAGUUUGCUAACCCACAAGUGUUUUCACGUCACAAAAGAAAGGACGCUGAUAACCUCCCUCCACGGCCCCGUCAGCCUGUGCCCGCGGGUGCCCGGGCAGCCCCAGGACCUGUUCCAGCUCGGGACUCGCUGUGAGGGCUGAGGAGGACCAGCCCCUGCCGUGCCCCCGUCGCGCUCUGCCCGUGCUGCGUCGGGGUCUCCCGGACGGCGCUCGGCUGGUGCCGUUGUGCCGGGGGCUGCGCAGGGAGCGGCCGCUGCUCCCCGCUAGCGAAGCGCCGUUUUUGCUGCCGUCCCCUACGUCAGCCCGAGCGAGCGAGAGAAGCUGUCCCGGCGAGAGCGCUCUGACUGCGUGCGGGUAAGGGGCGUCGCGUCGUUUCGUAGCCCCGGCGCGUUGUCGUGGCUUGGUGCUGCAGCCCUGUGACCGGGAGUUUGUCCUGUCGCUGCGUGUAACGUCCCGGAGGAUAAGUAAAGCAAGGCGUCCCACUGAAACGCUGCGGGGAGCAGCCUGGUUUGUAUCCCGCAUCUUAGCGUGGAAGGUUUGGAGUUGCCAGUGUAAUGGAAAUGAAAUUAAAGUUGGUUCCUACGUAAAAGACGCGGGGAAGGGUACCGUGUCUCGGGGCAGAAGCCCUUUGCUUCGGCUGCUGCGCGGUGUCGGUGCUGCUCGGAGCGAGGCGUCGGCUGCGGGCUGUACGCGCGGCUCCUGCUGUUCCUGCCCCGGUGCGAGCUCCGAGGCACAAGCUCUGUGCAGUGCAGGGAGCACUCGGGGAGCUGGGUGAGAGGCCCUGUCUCGUCUGGAAGGUGGUUAUGCGGGCGGUCAGCUGCAAAGCUGGCUUCUGGGUGUCAAUAACCCUCGCCGACUCGAAGACGAGGGUUUGUGGAGGUUUCUGCACCCGAUGGUGUCGGCCGGAUGAGGGCUGGUUGUCCUGGUCCUGGCAGCGAGGUUUUUCUGUGUGGUUUUCCCCUCUCGCUCCGUGGGUGUUUGCUCCUUAGGGAGGCUGUUCCGCGGGGUGAAGCGAGCGGUCUGCCUUGUGCUGGAUGUCGCAAGGCCGAAGAACCUGCGCUGGGCAAAAACGUCUGUUAAAGGAGUUGGGAUCCUUUCUCCUCCUUGUCCCGUUGUCGGGGCAGAUGGAAGUCGUCCAGCAGGACCCAGAACUCAUUUCCACUCUUAGUCGGGCUCGGAGCGGGAAAACACAAAGCGUAAUUAUUCGAGUGGCACGCGACGUGAGCAACGUUACGUUUUAAUGCAGCGCAGAGCCCUGCAUAGCUGCCUGCUCUCUCGGGCUGAGCUCUGCAAGGCGGUGCUUGUUGCUUGCUGCAGGUCUGGGACGUCCCUGCCGAAGUUCAGGUUCGGGGAGAACAGCCUGGAGCUGCGUUCCGGGGCUCUGGUGCUGAGCUAAACGGACGGGCCCGCUGUCAGAGCGCUGGGUAAAGGAGGAGAUUGAAUUCCCCCUCAAAACCCAAACUGCCAAGCUGGGUGGUUCUGACGUUUCUUACGCUGUUCCUGCUUUGUCCCUGCCCGGCCCGCGGCGGGCGAGCCGCGCGUGCCUGGAGCGCCGCUGCGGGUCCGUAAGCCGCGGCUCCCUCUUGGAGCGUUGAGCACGAUGGAUUGGUUCUGUUUGUAGCAACAGAUAACAACAGCCUAGGGUGAAAUCUCUUGCUAGUGGGAGAAGUCUGGUUGCUCGUCGCUUCGGCAGACGCGAAGCAGCGAUUCAUUUGCAGCUAGCGCAGGCAGUUCCUCUUCCUCUUCCUGGAACGGGCGGGGGUUUGGGGCGCUUUGGGGUGCUUUGACCUCGAUAGGCAGCGCUCUCGCUGCGUGAGCCGCCCCUGCCGUCAGCAGCAACGCUUCUGUUGGGGGCUUUUGUGGCUGCAGAGAGCUGCCGCGGUUUUACUGCCACGAGAUUUCAAAGUUACUGCGACUAGCAGAUCCUGCUGCACGGCGGCGUGCUGUUAGGCUGUUCCCCGAAGUUGCUUAAUUGCGGUGACGGAUGUGCCCCCGGUUGAUUGCACCGGGCAGGAGGGAUGAGUCCAACGUGGAUGUAACCCGAGGGUGAAGCUGACAGAACACGUAACAAAACUCUGGUCGAGUUCUUGGUGCCGCCGUAACUUCAGUUUCUCUUGGCGGUCUCUGAGGAGGGCAGUGCUGAAAACAAAACCUCGUCUGAAAACGAAGAGGCCCUAUGAGAAGAAGGGAAAGCUGAGGAUGCUGGAGCAGAACAAUGGAUUUCUCUUUCUCUUUCAUGCAAGGGAUCAUGGGAAACACAAUUCAGCAGCCACCUCAGCUCAUUGACUCAGCCAACAUCCGCCAGGAGGAUGCCUUUGAUGCCAGCAGCGACAUUGCUGAAGACGGCGGGCAGACGCCGUACGACAGCGCCCUGCAGCAAGGCUUCCCGUACCCGACGCCCACGGCGGAGGAGCUCCCGCCCCUCACGAACGGCUAUCCCCCCGCGAUCAACGUGUACGAGCCUCAAGCCAAGUACCAGGCCUACGGCCAGUAUCCCAAUGGCUCAGCCAACGGCUUCGGUACAGUCAGAAACUUUAGUCCCCCGGAGUACUACCAAACGGAAAACUCUAACGCGAGGCCGCAUGAAGUUCUGGAAAAACCUCCCCCUCCCCAGCCGCCACCUCCGCCGCCACCUUCAGUUUCACAGACGGGGAUUCCAAAGAAGACUGGCUCACCAGAGAUCAAACUGAAAAUAACCAAAACUAUCCAGAACGGCAGGGAAUUGUUUGAGUCCUCUCUUUGUGGGGACCUUUUAAAUGAAGUACAAGCGAGUGAGUAUGCUAAGGCGAAACAUGAAGGGAGAAAAGAGAAAAGGAAAAAAAGUAGCAAGCAUGACUCUUCCCGGUCGGAAGAGCGCAAGUCGCACAAAAUUCCAAAACUAGAACCAGAGGAACAAAAUAGACCAAAUGAGAGGCUUAGCAUGCUAUCAGACAGACCAAGAGAAGAUGCACUGUUGGAGGAAACCCCGGUCCAGCAGUUCUUGCCUUCUCUUCCAACACAAGUCGCCCAUGACAUCAAGUUUCAGGUUGGCGAUCUGGUUUGGUCCAAGGUGGGAACGUACCCAUGGUGGCCUUGCAUGGUCUCAUGUGAUCCACAGCUUGAUGUUCAUACCAAAAUUAACACAAGAGGUGCCCGUGAAUACCAUGUUCAGUUUUUUAGCAACCAGCCGGAGCGGGCGUGGGUGCACGAGAAGAGGGUUCGAGAGUACAAAGGACACAAACAGUAUGAGCAGUUAUUGGCAGAGGCUGCUAAGCAAGCCAGCAACCACUCUGAGAAACAGAAGAUUCGCAAACCAAGGCCGCAAAGAGAGCGUGCUCAGUGGGAUAUUGGUAUUGCCCAUGCUGAGAAAGCGUUGAAAAUGACUCGGGAAGAAAGGAUAGAACAAUACACCUUCAUUUAUAUAGACAAAGAGCCAGAGGAGGUUUUGUCAAAAGGCAAAAAGACUGCUGCUUCUAAGUCAGAGACCAAGAAGAACCGACGUCCAAAGCCAGCACUGAACACCCAGCCAGAGCAUGCCAACGUGGUAGCAGCAUCGCCUUCCAGUGCGGAGUUGCGAAGACAAAGCCAGCGGAGGCAGUCAAGUGUGGAAGAGGAGGAGCCACCUCCUGUGAAAAUUGCAUGGAAAACUGCUGCAGCUAGAAAAUCCUUACCAGCUUCAAUAACCAUGCACAACUUGGAUCUUCAAAAAUGUAACAUGUCUCCAGUUGUUAAAAUUGAACAGGUUUUUGCUCUUCAGAAUGCUGCUGGGGAUGGAAAACUCAUUGAUCAAUUUGUUUAUUCUACUAAGGGAGUUGGUAACAAAACGGAAAUAAGCGUCAAAGGACAAGAAAAACUUAAUUCUUCAUCAAAUCAGAGAAACGAAAAAGCAACAGUGCAAAAUGCGUCCUCUCCUGAAACAACUCCUGGGUCAACAGGUUCUUUAGAAAAGAAGCAACAGAGAAGAUCGAUUCGAACCCGCUCAGAGUCUGAGAAAUCCACUGAAGUUGUGCCAAAGAAGAAGAUCAAAAAGGAGCAGGUUGAAAUGGUUCCACUGACAGCAGUGAAGACAGGACUGCAGAAAGGUGCCAGCGAGAUUUCAGAUUCUUGUAAACCUUUAAAGAAGAGGAGUCGUGCCUCAACUGAUGUAGAACUGACUAGCUCAGCUUACAGAGAUACAUCUGACUCUGAUUCAAGAGGACUUAAUGAUUUACAGGGUAGUUUUGGAAAACGUUCAGACAGCCCAUCAGCUACUGCCGAUGCUGAUGCUUCUGAUGUGCAGUCAGUAGACUCUAGCUUAUCCAGGAGAGGAACUGGAACAAAUAAAAAAGACACUGUUUGUCAGAUCUGCGAAAGCUCUGGCGAGUCUCUGGUGUCCUGCGAGGGCGAGUGCUGCAGCGUCUUUCAUAUGGAGUGUCUGGGCCUGAAGUCGAUGCCAGAUGAGAAGUUUUUCUGCACGGAGUGUAAAAAUGGAGAACAUACGUGCUUCUCGUGCAAACUUCCUGGCAAAGAUGUGAAGCGCUGUUCAGUCAACGCAUGUGGUAAAUUUUACCACGAGGCCUGUGUUCGCAAGUUUGCCACUGCUCUCUUUGAGUCGCGAGGAUUUCGUUGCCCGCAGCAUUGCUGUACGGCCUGCUCAGUGGAUAAGGAUAUCCAUAAAGCAAGCAAAGGUCGCAUGGUGAGAUGUUUCAGAUGUCCCAUUGCCUAUCACUCAGGAGAUGGCUGUAUUGCUGCAGGAAGCUUGUUUGUGUCAUCCCACAUUCUCAUCUGUAGUAACCAUUCCAAAAGGAAUCACUCCUCAUCAGCUGUAAAUGUAGGCUUUUGUUUCGUUUGUGCAAGAGGGUUGGUAGUGCAGGAUCAUUCAGACCCCCUGUUCAGUUCAUAUGCCUAUAAGUCCCACUACCUACUGAAUGAAUCAAAUCGUGCUGAGUUGAUGAAAUUACCUAUGAUUCCUCCUCCUUCGUCAGCUUCCAAAAAGAAAUGUGAGAAAGGUGGAAAACUGUUGUGCUGUGAAUCGUGCCCAGCUUCCUUUCACCCUGAGUGUCUCAACAUAGAAAUGCCUGAAGGAUGCUGGAAUUGCAAUGACUGUAAAGCUGGCAAGAAGCUACGUUACAAGCAGAUUGUUUGGGUCAAGCUUGGAAAUUACAGGUGGUGGCCAGCAGAGAUCUGCAAUCCCAGGUCUGUGCCUCUCAACAUACAGGGCCUCAAACAUGAUAUCGGGGACUUCCCAGUAUUUUUCUUUGGUUCACAUGACUACUAUUGGGUACACCAGGGCAGAGUUUUCCCUUAUGUUGAAGGAGAUAAAAGCUUUGCUGAGGGGCAAACUAGUAUUAACAAGACCUUCAAGAAAGCACUUGAAGAAGCGGCAAAGCGCUUCCAGGAGCUGAAAGCACAAAGAGAAAGUAAAGAAGCAUUAGAAAUUGAAAGGAAUUCAAGGAAACCUCCACCUUAUAAACACAUUAAAUCCAACAAGGUGAUAGGGAAGGUUCAGAUUCAGGUAGCUGAUCUGUCAGAAAUCCCUCGCUGUAACUGCAAGCCAUCUGAUGAGAACCCCUGUGGCCUAGAGUCAGAGUGUCUGAACAGGAUGCUCCAGUAUGAGUGCCACCCCCAGGUGUGCCCAGCGGGAGAGCGAUGUCAGAACCAGUGCUUCACCAAAAGACUCUACCCUGAUGCUGAAAUCAUAAAAACGGAUCGACGUGGGUGGGGUCUCAGGACAAAACGGAACAUUAAAAAGGGUGAAUUUGUGAACGAAUAUGUUGGCGAGCUAAUUGACGAAGAAGAGUGCAGAUUGCGGAUUAAACGUGCUCAUGAAAACAGCGUGACCAAUUUUUAUAUGUUAACUGUUACAAAGGAUCGGAUAAUAGAUGCUGGCCCAAAGGGGAAUUAUUCUCGCUUUAUGAACCAUAGUUGUAAUCCAAACUGUGAAACACAGAAAUGGACGGUGAAUGGUGACAUUAGAGUUGGACUAUUUGCUCUUUGUGAUAUUCCUGCAGGAAUGGAGUUAACAUUCAAUUAUAAUUUGGAUUGCCUUGGCAAUGGUAGGACCGAAUGUCAUUGUGGAGCAGAAAACUGCAGUGGUUUCCUAGGAGUGCGUCCAAAGACAGCAUUUGCAACAGCAAAUGAAGAGAAGGUGAAGAAUGCAAAAUUAAAGCAGAAGAAACGGAAAAUAAAAACAGAACAGAAGCAGAUGCAUGAAGACAACUGCUUCCAGUGUGGAGACGGGGGAGAACUGGUUAUGUGUGAUAAAAAGGACUGUCCCAAAGCAUACCACCUCCUAUGCCUUAACCUGACUCAACCACCUUUUGGAAAGUGGGAAUGUCCGUGGCAUCAGUGUGACAUCUGUAGCAAUCCUGCAGUUUCAUUCUGUGAGUUUUGCCCUCAUUCAUUCUGUAAAGAUCAUGAGAAGGGAGCCUUGGUGGCAUCAGCUUUGGAUGGCCGUCUCUGCUGCUCCACACAUGACCCCAAAUCUCCUGUGGCACCUGAGUACUGGAACAAGAUAAAAUGCAAAUUGGAACUUCAGAAUCCUGUAGAAGAAGCAAAGGAAUAAAUUUGGUUAGAAAACAAGGGAGAGAAGAUGGGCAAAUAAGCGAUGAACUUGAAGAGACUGCUACGACACAUUCAGUCUUUAUCAUCGGAGCCGUCUUGUGUGAACUGGGAAUGGGACCAUUUAAUCUCAACAACAGGAGCAGGCAGUGGCGUUUGUUUUUUUUAUUGUUUGGUCUUUCUUUUACCCUUGAAUGUGCUACAGCAGCUCUUACUGUUGGAAAACAGAAGUGUCUCGGCCUUCUAAAGAAAAAAGUAGACCUUUUGACAGUGAAAAGAAUAUUCUGUUUAAAAUAUGUUCUUUGAGUGUAGAAAGCAAAGCAUAGCGACAUAUUUAUUUAUUUAAUUUUUAAAGGGUGUUGAAGAUCUGGUUUUGAUCAGUCAACGUGUCUUUAAAAACAGCAAAGCCAAUGUAACUUUUAUGUCUAGUUUAUGGAAAGAAUAAACCCUCCUCACUCUGUGUAACAUUCAGAUACCGUAAAGACGAAUGUGGGUUUCAGACCAGGUGACGGUGAAAUGCCUCCAUUCCAGUACUUAUUUUUAAAGGCAUUUUGAGAAGGUAGGUUAUGUAUCAUGUUAACUUGUGAAUAUUGUUGUAAAGCUUUUCCUAUGAGAAAUCAGGUGUAUGAUUCUUUGGAAGUGCUUGUAGCACAAGAUCUAAUAUUUUAAGGGAAGAAAUCAUGGUUCCUUGCUUGAGAGCUAUAAUGGGUGGUGUCUGCAGACAGGUGGAAUUUCAGAAAGAGCUUAAUUUCACAAUGGUUAUUUCUUUACCCUGCCUAAUUUGGAAAACCUUCCUAGUUAGGGGAGCGUCCUGGCCUUGGUCACACACUGCAGCACACGCAGAACUGAAGUCUGAAUCCUGCACUCUCUUUGGCUUCUUUAGGUGAAGGAUUGUUCUGUGAGUAUGUAUUUGUGAUCUGCCAAGUCUGCACUAAUUUCAUGGCAGUUAUAUUUCUGUGAAUCUCUAUUGCCUUCUUUUCAGAAACCCUUUAGCUUUAAAGGACAUUUGAGUGCUUAAGGAAUCCAGCCCAUAUUCACGGGCUUUUUGAUUGAACGUUUAGGGUUUUUAUUUCUGGGGAGAGAGAGCUUCUAACUUUAAUGUUCGUUGCUCUUGGAGCUGAGAAGGAUGUUAGUCCCCUACAGCACUUCUUCGGUGCGCAGGGUAUUUGCCCUUUCUAGGUAAUGGGACGUAUUCAGAGCAGCCAACUUCAGCCUCGUGAGAUGUUUCUGCCUUGUAUUUCUUUUGUUGAUCUGUAGAGGGACGGGCUGCUUCAGUGAGGCUUUUGAAGUGGCUUAGGUAGGCUCCUGCUCCAGAUUUUGUUUUGGAAACCUAUCCUAUCCUGCAAUCCUUGCACAAGGAGCUUAGGGGGAUUAGUGUCCCCAGGCUGAAGUUAGUCUUUGGCCAAUCUCCUCCCCUAGCCUGCAGUCUUAAAGCCCUGUGCGUCUGCCCUGGUAUGGUUACAGCAUCCUUUUGGUUUGUACGCUGAUACUGGCCAACUUCAGGGUAGCUUUUUGCUAAUGGGUGUUGAAAAUAACCCUGAAUGAAAAGAAUUAAUGUUAAGUGUUGCUGGUGUCUGGCUAAAUUAAGCCUUUGAAUUAAUUCUCAAGAACCCUCUCUCUGGAAAAGUGCUCGCAUAAGCCUAAGGAACAUGGUGACUUCUCAGCUCAAGAAAGCAGUAGGCUGGAAAAGUUCAUGUGGGAUUUUGGAACGUGUCUUGCUUCUGGCUGGUGUCCUUCUCAUUCUCAAAUUUAUGUGCAGGGGACAAAUUGUGUGCAAUUGUAAAAUUACAAAAUACACUACAGUCUCUUUAAAAAGCUGCUGUGCCAUUUAGCUGAUCUGGCAGUUCAUCUUCAGAACAGCCUGCAGAUGCCUUUCCUACAGACUUGAGGGUGUCUUGGGGGCGAAACUGUGCAGAUAUUUCUUGGGUCAAUUUAUGGUACAGAAGGCUAAUGGGAGAUACAAAGCACUUCGUCUACUGGUCCAUACUACAGUGAAUGUCUGAAACACUAAUCUUGCUUGAAAGCAGUGCUAUUUUUUGGUAUUUUUUACAAAAAAAAAUUACAAGAAGGAUUUUAUUUUUCUUAACAUUUUGUGUGACAAAUGUCUCUUUUUAAGCUCUUACUGGGGGUGUUUAACCUUUCAGAAAUUCCAAACAUAGCUCUUGCUAUGAUGUCUGUAAGGCCUGAUGUGUUUACUUUGUUAUUUAUUAGGCUUGGUAAUGUUCAAGUGAUUUUCUCUUGGGAAGUCAGAGCAUUCUGAAUAUUGCAGAUAUGAUGUAGUGUGAGUGUACCUACGUGCUUCUCUAGUUCUGUGUCCGUGGCAGCUUUCCGGCUGGAGGAGAUGGUGUGGUGGUGCCAGGACGCCUUCACAACCAUGUGAAGCAGCAGUGAGCAGGCAGCAGUUAGUGAGCGUUAGUUGCCACGUGAGACGGAUUGCUGUGACGAACCGGUAUGCUGAAUAGCACAGAACAUGUGAAGGUUUGCAAAAGGCUUUUAAAAAUUUCUAAAAUGCUGUGAAUUGAGGCCUGCUGCUACUCUUGUGCCAUGCCACUUGAUGUCUUGGUUAACUUUGUUUUCAAACUUCUUACAGGUGCUCCUUUUUCCACCAAAAAAUAAUAAUAGCCAACAGGUGGGCUUGAACUCAAAAGGGAAAACAGGAGAUUGGUUUAUAAGCUUGUACAAUUUAUGAACAAAAAGUCUGAACUGGAUUUCACACUGCUGGAGUUAAGGUGAAUCUUUCAAAAAUCUUUAGGAUUGAGAUGAGAAAAGUCAAAUCUUCUGUUCCGACCUCCGUUGUUCCUGAGCUGGAACACACAAUCACACUUUUCCCUUACUUUUGUCUUAAAUUUUGAGGUAGUACCGUGCUUCUGGUGAACACCUGUCUCUAGAUCGGUAGCCUGUGCUCUCUGUAUAGUAUGCAGUAUCUGAGCUGCUCUGCAAAGUUAACGGGAUUUUGUUGUUUACUGGAGCUUUUACUCUACAGUACGCACCUUAGCACAGUGCAGAUGCUCUGCAGACCAUGGCCAAACGGUGCAAUGGCUAGUUACUACAGUUUUAUAAAUACAUGGUGCAAGCAUUAGUUAUCGUAGUUUUCCAAUUAUUAGUAUAGAUUUGUCUUAUUGAUAGACUGUAAGAAUUGAAGGCAUUUGCAGCUCAGGAAGGAUGACAUUAAAGGCAAUUUUUGGGCAAAUUACCUUCUCUGGUCACCACCAUGGUCUUAGAGAAUCUGUUAGAAUGGAGUAAUAGGGCUGGAAUGUUAAUUUUGGCCUUUCUUCUAAAAACUUGUUAUCUUAAUUUCUGGAUAGAAUGGGAAAGACACAAUUACUAGACGUAAUUAACAAUGAGCAUAAAAUCUGUAUAUAUUGAAACUUUACAGAAAUAUUUGGGUGGGGUGGGGGAGGAGGGUGGGAGGGGGAUGUCCAACGCUGGUACGAAGUAGUCACUUUAACAUUGAAACCUCUGCCUCAUUGAAUUCAGGGUUUAAUGUACUUGAAGCUCUGCAGUUCCUUAUACAGCUUUUUUUUUUUUUAAUUUAUACACGACUUUUUUGUAUACUACAUUGAAAAUGUCUUUAACUUUCCUGCAGUUACUUUCUGCUCCCAGUGUACAGUGAAUCUAUGGCAAACGGGGGAGUUUUUCAGAGCAGAUGUCUCAGACCUGUGUGUUCAGGGCGUGUAGUGCGUGAGACAUGGCAAUCCUUGGGUAACGCUGUCCGUUUGCUUUCAGUUUUCCAUCAUCUUCCCCCUGCCAUUAUCUUUGUGUAGCAAAACCAUUUGCACUUACGAUACACUCCUAUAUGUUGGAUGUAUUCACAAUGUUGUUCUGAGAAAAAGAAAAAAGAAAAAAAAAAAAUUCCCUAUUCUGUUCUAUUCCUGAGCGGCGAGCUCAGGUCCUUGCUGCCCCGCGUGGGCUCUCACUGCUCGGGAGUGGGGAAUCGUGAAGCUGGAAGGCCAGCUGUGCUUGGCGCAGGAGACUUUGGUAAUUACCGGGCAAACAAAAAGGGAAAUCACACACGAAUUUGCCAAAGUCAUUCACCCACCCGCUGUUUCUCCUGCGGUACUGAGUGCACGGGGGCUUUCUGUGCGCGGCCCUCGCAGGCACCUCGCACGGCCUCGCGCCAGGUGCUUUGAGGACUCCUCGGUCACUUUGCUUUGUAAACGGACUGGAUGAAAGAGCUUCACCUUCCUUGGUUGGACUGUAUCUCACUCUGGCGUCGCUUUUCCUUUUUAACCCGAUCACGUUGCCACAGAACGCGGUGCUAGGUGCCGUUAGCUGGCUGGCCCCGAGGGCUGCGGCCAGAAGCGAGGCCCGGUGGGUGCACAACGCAGAUACCUGCAGGCUCCGUCUCCAUUUCCAUGUACUAUCUGUAACGAUGACCUUUGUAGAGUCGUUAUUUCUGUAGACUUUGUUUAUCUGUACCAAACUUUGUAGAUUCUGUGAAAUGUUAUUUUAACGAAAUCACUUGAGUCUUUACUAGCAACGCAUCACUAUUCACUGAAGUCAGUAGUAAGAGUUUUUGGAAGCUGACUAGAAGCUCUCGACACUAACGAAGUAGUGUUCAAUUUCCCUGGCGAUGUUCCACUGGGGCAUUACUGUAUUAUGACUUGAUGUUGCCGCAUAGACUUUGAGAUAUACGAUAUUUUGGGGGGUUUUGUUGUUCGGCCUACGUUCUCUUGCAUAGUGUGAAACCUGUAAAGCUUGGUUAACCUGUACAUAGAUAGCUUACUGUCCACUAGGUAUAGUGUACUUAGAAUUGCCUGUAAUAUUUUAGCUUCUGACUGAAUGUGUGUGAUGGUAGGACCAUAUAAUUUUUGUACAUUCUAUUUACUGAGAUGUUGCCUUUUUUUAUUUUACAAAUACUUUGGAAUUCAGAUGUGGUUUUUGCUUCCGUGAGGAUUCAUUUGGAAAGGUUUUUAACGACAUUCCACUGAUCUGAAAUUUUGCUUGAGGUUGACUUCAAUAAAUCGUUCUGAAUG